GAGUCCCUCGGCCCGGUGGCGGCGGCAGCGGGGACCGGAGCAGCGGCGAGCGGCCUCGAGGAUGAAGUGCAAACCGAACCAGACGCGGACCUACGACCCGGAGGGGUUCAAGAAGCGGGCGGCGUGCCUGUGCUUCCGGAGCGAGCGCGAGGACGAGGUGCUGUUAGUGAGUAGCAGUCGGUACCCGGACCGCUGGAUCGUGCCGGGCGGGGGCGUGGAGCCCGAGGAGGAGCCGGGCGGUGCUGCCGUCCGCGAGGUGUACGAAGAGGCGGGAGUCAAGGGGAAGUUAGGCCGGCUCCUGGGCAUUUUCGAGCAGAACCAAGAUCGCAAGCACAGAACGUACGUGUAUGUACUGACUGUCACUGAGAUUCUGGAGGAUUGGGAAGAUUCGGUUAGCAUUGGGAGGAAGCGAGAGUGGUUCAAAAUCGAAGAUGCGAUCAAGGUUCUCCAGUGCCACAAGCCCGUGCAUGCCGAAUAUCUGCAAAAACUAAAGCUGGGCGGUUCCCCAACCAGUGGAAACUCCAUGGCCCCGUCCCUGCCAGAGAGCGAUCCCUAAUGAACAGCAAAGAUGUCCAGGAUUGUUUUGAAAGAGUCAUUGAUGUGAACCACUGAUGAAUGGAAUUGGCAAGUAUAGGUGAGCACUUCCAUGUUUCCAAGGAGACAGCUCAUCUGGUUUUCCUCCUACAUCUUGGGACACUCCUUCCCUGUCUAUUCCACUGACUCCUCUUGCCCUGGUGAUUGUACUAUUGUAUGUGAACAGACUCUUAUU